AUGAAUCGUUCGACAAUCAUCGCUGAAGCGUGCUCCUUCAACUUAGAUUUCCAAAUUCCAAUAUCCAUUCUUCUCGGAACGACGUUCGUGCUGUCUGUCAGCGAAAACAUUGUAGUUUCGAUAGUCAUCUGUUUAGACAAGAAACUUCGUAGACCUUCAAAUGGCUAUCUGUUGAGUCUAGCGUUGUCUGAUAUUUGCAUUUCUUUUGGGCUUAUACCGAUGGAGAUGAUCUAUGUGUGGUCGUACGCAGAUUGGCCUCUUGGAUCCAAGGGAACUGACAUUUUGAAUUCCGUUUGGUUAUUUUCUUUGGCCAGCCCAUUUGCCACCCUGUUGAUCAUCACAGCGGAUCGAUAUAAAGCAGUUAUGUCGCUUGUACGUUACAAAGAAGUAGUUUCUUGGGGAAGGACUAUGAUAAUAAUUGGAAUACUCUGGUUAUAUACGUUUGUUAUCGUCGUGUUAAUGGCUACAUUGGCUUUUAACCCUACUUCUGGAGUAGCGUAUGAAUGGAAUGUCAAAUAUAGAUACUACUAUGCCUUUCUGGGAGUUCACAUUGUUCUUCCUUUGCUAAUUAUCUGUGGGCUUUACUACAAGAUCUAUAAAAAAGCUGUCGAGAACAGGCAACAGCUGCUUUCACGGGGCCAGUUACAUACAGGAAUCACUUCCGCUUCAGAUACUAUCAGAGCUACUAGGAUGGAAGUAAAAAUGGCAAAAACAGUUGGCUUUGUUUUCCUGUUUCUUGUCAUUGUGUGGAUACCAGUCUUAAUUCUCGAAAUAUUUUAUGCUAUCGGAAGUCAGUCCUGCCUCAUAGAGAAGUUAGGCGUGGUUAGUUUGUGGAUUACCUGUAGCAAUGGUGUGAUCAAUCCAGUGGUGUACUCCCUAAGGAACAAGGACUUUCGUCUUGCCAUAUUGCAGCUUAUUCACUGCAAAAGGCCAAGAUCUGCGAGUGCUCUUGCCUAA